UAAUACAGUAUUGCAAAUGUAUUUCAAUAACAUUCACACACUGUAUACCUAAACAACAAAUUAUUUGAGACCCGGGAUAAUAAUAAUAAUACUACUACUACUAAACCCCUUGUGAAUACCCCCUACAAAUGAAUUCACUGCUAUUUAAGCCGAUAAUUGUCCAACAAUUGAUUAGACAUCAAUUAGCAGGGUGUCUAUCAUUAUCAUCGGUACGUAAUAUGUCAGGUGGUCUGGGCAGCGGUUCCGGUAAGGGCGGCGGCUCUGGCGGAUCGAUUCGCGACGCCGGCGGUGCGUUCGGCAAACAAGAGGCCGCCCGUGAAGAGGAGUUUUUCCGACGCAAACAGAAGGAACAGUUGGAAUCAAUGAAGAAGGGUUUGGACAGCGAAAAGGAUAGACUGGAAAAACUGAUUAAAGAUCACGAAAAAGAAAUCGAAAAAUUACAGAAACUACAGAAAGAUAGCAAAUAGUUGUCUGUUUUUUUUGGAGGACAGUUAGGUGUGUGUGUGUGUCGACAAAGAGAUUGAGAGGACUGUCUAUAUAUAUAUAUAUAUUCAACUAAUCUAUCUAUUAGUUUGAUUUAUUAUUAUUAUUAUUACCGUAGAUGACUGUCUAUUACCAU